CGGCGGCAUACAGUUUCAUCAGAAGAGAACGAAAGCUAAAGCAGAGCAACUAUGAAGCGGGAGGAGAUGGAUAGUGGCAUCCCUUACCUUCAAGAAGAAAUCCUCACAAACAUUCUUAAGCGGCUUCCUGUGAAAUCUCUGGUCCGAUUCCGAUGCGUGUGCCGUUUUUGGAAGCAUCACUUCAACGCCCCUUCCUUCAUCCUCGACCACCUCACCUAUUCCAGCCAUCAAAUCCCUUCUCUGAUUACUGACUUGGAAGGCACUUCGAAUUCAUAUUCGCCCGAUCUGGACAUGGACCUUCGCGGGGCUCUGGACGGACAUCCGACCGGUUCCAUCAGGCCCUACAGGAUUAUCGGCUCCUGCGACGGCUUGCUCUGUGUUCAAACCGAUCUGCUUGAUUCCGUCUCUCCUACUCUUUCAGUGUGGAAUCCUGCGAUUCGAGAGGUUAUGCAGGUUCCCAGAAGUAUAACAAUUAGUGGUGUUUCAUUUUGUAAUUUAGCAUUUGGAUUCAGUCCAUCUGUUAAUGAUUACAAGAUUGUGAAAAUCUAUACGGCGAUGGAUGCUGUGGUUAGUAGAGUCGAAGUGUAUUCAUUAGCCACAAAUUCAUGGAGGGACAUAGAAUUCGGCAUUUUAAAGGGUGGAUACUUUUUCACUGAGAGCCUCAAUGUUAGUGGAUCGAUCUUUUGGUUAACAUGGAAGCCAGAUUUGGAAUUGGAAGAGGGAUGGACACAAUGUGCUCUUGCCAUAGUUUCUUUUGAUUUAACAUUGGAAGAGUUUAAAUUGGUACCAACACCUCCUUUAUCCGAGUAUGGAGUACCUAAACUGAAUGUGUAUGAGAACAGACUUGCCCUACUUCAUUCCUCUUCUGCUCCAAACUCAAGUGCUAUUGAUUUGUGGGUGUUUGAGGAAGGCAUUGGCGCCUCUUGGAGUAAGAAGGUGACCUUUGGUCCUUAUCCAUACUCUUUAGAACCAUUGACCAUUUUUAGGAAUCAAAUUGUCGGCAGUGCUUUUAACAUUAGCAAGGUUCGAUGUAUGGAGGAGGAGGGGAUGGAGGAGGAGGAGGAGGAGAAGAGAACUUAUGAUAUUUUUUUGAUUAAUCUCACUUUUAAUGAAUUUAUAGUGAUCGUUCUUUUGAAUAUGUUGAAAGUCUUUUGUCCCCGAGCAAUAUCCAGCAUAGGAACCCUUGAUUCUAUGUGUUAUAUGGACCAGAAGACAGUUGAGAUAUUAAAGAUUUUGGUGUUCAUGUUUAUUCAUUGUUUAUUCACUAAACAAUUGCUUAUGAGCUGAGCAUUUUGAAGUUUCAACUAUCAUUCAAUAUAGUGGUUGUAAUAUUUGUAAUCUCAUCUUUAUACAAAAUAAUAAACAUGAAUGAGGGUAAGCCUAUUUUUGGU